CUGUUCUUUGUAUUUAGGAAAUUAUUGCUGAUUUUUUCCAACUAACUUACAUAGAGUAAACAGAAGUUGAUUUUUAAAUAGUUUAAAUAAUUUCUGAUAUUACGAACCUCCAGUCCGGUGGGUGGCGGUCAUAUAUUUUAAUAUUUCUCCUGUCCAUACCAGAGUCCAUACCAAAGAAGUCAGAAGUAAAGCGGAAGUUGUUUUCAGAGCUAGUGGCGCGAAUGACUGGAACUGGCUUUCUCUGAAUGAAAUACACACAGAUUAGUUAAUAAUUUAUUCUGUUGUCUUAUACUAUAUAUAUUUAUAUGGGUGCAGUCGCAGAAAUGAUAAUAAAAAUUAAGUUGAAAUGAGAUCAAAGUCUUAGAAAUUAGUUUUAACCCUCUGUCUCGCGAUUAAAUGCCACCAUGUCAAAAGGCAACAAGGAUGCAUAUAUUGUGAAAUUUGUUGAGCGCAAUGGACAGAAGACUGAACUGGCUCUACAGGCCUAUAAGGCAAUAGUGGAACUUCAGUCAGAAAAGUAUGUGCAGACGGUGGACGAGGAAGCCGCACUAGAGCUGGACCAAAAUGACAAAUCUCUGUUUGUGUUCAGUGAUUUCACCAGCAAUUCCUUUGACCACUGCAGGAGGCUGGGAUGCAGGAUCGUGAGUCCUCUUGUAGUACUGUUCUGUCUGCAGAAGCAGAGAUGUGUUCCCAAAGCAGAGCAGCCUGUGUACAACAUGGCAAUGGCUGAUAUCACUAUCUCCUGCACCAAUCUCGACAGAGAGGCACGGAGUGAAGUGAUGGAUCUUGUCCAGCUGAUGGGUGGACGGGUUUACCGUGAUCUCAACGUGUCUGUUACUCACCUGGUGGCAGGUGAAGUGGGGAGUAAGAAAUACCUGGUGGCCGCAAGCCUCGGGAAGCCCAUCCUAUUGCCCAGCUGGGUGAAAGCAUGCUGGGAAAAGUCUCAGGAUAGUGUUUUCCAUCACUCUGAGCUGAAUAUAGAAGACUAUCGGUGUCCAGUUCUGAAAGGCUGUACAGUGUGUGUGACGGGACUCUCUACUGUGGACCGUAAAGAGGUUCAGAGGUUGUGCAGUCAGAAUGGAGGAAGCUACACGGGACAGCUCAAGAUGAAUGAGUGCACUCAUCUCAUUGUCAAUGAACCCACAGGUCAGAAAUAUGAGUUUGCCCGUAAAUGGAACGUAUACUGUGUGUCCCUGCACUGGCUGUUUGACAGCAUCGAGAAGGGCUUCUGUCAGGAUGAGAGCAGGUAUGUCAUGGGGCGUGGAGAGAAGAAGAGAACCGAGGAGAAAGCGGGCAGACCCAACACUUCCACUCCUACAGGAGGCAGCAAGAAGAAAGAGGAAGGUCCUUCACUUCUGGGAUUGAGUCAUAUAUCCAAUAUCAGCAUGAAUGUAAAUGAAACGGCCCUCACCACUGCAGGAAUCAGCCACAUAGAGACUCCUGAUCCGGUCGACUCAUUUGACAUCACUGUCUGUCGAGUAGAUGACCUGUUGGAUGGCUGUAAGUUGUACCUGUGUGGCCUUUCCGGAAAGAAACUGGAGAAACUGAGGCGGAUGGUGAACUCUGCUGGAGGUCUGCGCUUUAACCAGCCCAGCCAGGAGCUCACGCACAUAGUGAUGGGAGAACCAGACCAGAGGGUCAAAGUCUUCCUUGACAAAGCCACUCACAGACCCCAUAUAGUGACCGUGCAGUGGCUGCUGGACAGUUUGAGCCAUGGUACUUUGCUCCCAGAGGAUGGCUACUUCCACCCAUCCUUCCUGCCCCCUGCCCCAGCCGCUGUUGAUUUGCCAGCUCCCCAGAAAGCUGCUCCCCGUGCCUCCAGACCCUCUGUAGCUCCCCCUCCUGCCCCUAGUCCAGCCCGUCAAGCCAGAGCAGAAGAAGACCUGCUCUCGCAGUACAUGGAGCCUGACCAGACUGUUGUGGAGCUGGCUCAAGCCACUAAUAGUACAUGGAGUCGGCAGAGCGUUUUGCUUCCAGAGCCUCCAGCUGCACAGAAGGACUCAACCUUGGUUGAAACCUCAGAGGGUGGCCUGUUUUCAGGGAAGCGCUUCAUCUUGGUUGGUUUUGGAGCCGAGGCUGAAGCCCAGCUCUCAGAGCUAGUCAUGGAAAACGCUGGGAAGAUUUUGGUGGGCCGCUCGAGAGCAGUGGCGCAUUACGCCAUCGUGCCACUGCUGGGCUGUGACGUAGAGGCCACAGUAGAUGAGGUCGUAACAGAUACCUGGCUGGCCAUGUGUUUGGAGCAGCAGUAUGUGUUGCCGUUAGCCUCUCAUCCUCUAUUCACUCCAGUGACUGUGAGAGAGGGCUUCUCUCCUCUCAAAGACUGUGUGCUGUCCGUCAGUCAGUUUACUGGAGCUGAGAGAGACUCUCUCAUUCAGCUUGCCAAACACCUGGGAGCAAGUGUUCAGGAUUACUUUGUGCGGACCGCUAAUCAAAGAAAGGGAAUGCUUGCCAGCACUCAUCUGGUACUCCAGACACCCGAGGGCAGCAAGUACCAGGCAGCCCAAAAAUGGGGUUUCCCUGCAGUCACGAUACGCUGGGUUUUAGAGUCUGCCAGAACAGGGAAGCGUGCCGAUGAGGGACGAUACCUGGUUUCCCUGCCACCCUCUCCAGAGAGAAGUGAAGACAGUUUUGUUGGAGCAUCUCAGAAAGAACCGCCGCCUCUGCACCUCUUGCAACGCUCCCCAGAGCUACCCCUACUGGGCCCACAAAACAGCGCUGCCAUCACCCCCCUGGACACGACUCGCUUUCAGAGCCGCACUGUCCGUUCAGCAGUCAGGAAGUUGAGAGAAGGAGAGGAGGAGCAGGCGGAGGUGUCAACCCCAGGACAAGAGGACGCCAAAGGAGCCCUGCAAAAAGACUCCUCCCUCCAACUAGACACUCCCUCUCGCUUCCUGAGCAGAGACCGACUCUUCGGACCAACAUUUAACACUAAGGAUGUCUUUGACCAUUUACAGACUCCUGGGAAUAACCCACAGCAAGGUCAGGGGGCGGAGACUCCCCUGUCAGAGGUCAUCGAGAGAAACCUUAAUGCUGCAGUUGCCAACAGUAACCGCAGUCAUGUCACAAACCUCGCAGCCAUAACUGCCAGUCCACAGCUGGAAAAAAAAGAGCCUGAACCUGAGGUGGAGCAGAAGACUGAAGCUCCUCUCAGGGGGGUGGUGGUGUGUGUGAGCAAGAAAUUAAGCAAGAAACAGAGUGAGCUCAAUGCAGUAGCUGCCUCUCUCGGUGCAGACUUCAGGUGGUCAUGUGACGACUCUGUCACUCAUUUCAUCUACCAGGGGAAAGUUGGAGACAACAGUAAAGAAUACAGAGCUGUGAAAGAGAGAAGACUGCAUAUAGUGUCACAACACUGGCUACAGGCUUGUGCAGAUGAGCAGAAGCACGUGUCGGAGUCGCUCUACCCUUUCACUUUCAACCCCAAAAUGAGCCUUACCAUGAGUCAGAUGGCAGAUUCCACUCAGAGGUCACCUCCCCCUAGCACCCCCCGCACCAGACUCAGGGCGUUCACAGAGAGUGAGGAGACCGGGCUUGGCCCUAAUGACGACAUAACAGACAUCUCGACUCCUCAGCGAGUCAGUGUGGGAGAGCCUGAGAAAGAUCAGACCCUCAGCAAUGAGAGAAAAAGUAUUACAGAAGCGCUGGAAAUGAGAGAGAAUCUUCAAAGGCAGCUUCAGGAGAUCAUGUCUGCCACUAAACUGACCAGCGGUCGUCGAGGCUCCUCGCGGUUGGCUAGAACAGGCUCCGGGGGGCAGGACUCACCCCACACCCCGGACAGCCUGGGGCGAAUGGGUAGACGGAGCCGCAAUUUAGAGGCCAUACGGAUGUCACGUCAAGUGGAUGUGGACCUGAACACCGAGCCGUCUCAGAGUGAGCAGAUCGUGUGGGAUGAUCCCACCGCACGAGAGGAGAGAGCGAAACUGGCCGAUAACCUGCAGUGGCCUGGAAGCCCCUCCCAGCACUCCGAACCUCUAGCCCUCGUCCCGCUGCCCCCCUCUGAUCACACGGCCAAUGGCAGGGACUCCAUGACUGACUCUGAACUGGUGGAAAUGGCUGCUUUUGAAGUCAUUGAUGCACAACUGAGGCCAAAGGUGACCCCGCCUCGAGUCGCCACGCUACGAAACCCUGAAACACCUGAAGCUCCUAGUAUUGCUUUCCCCAUUUCUAAAACUGCAGCCGCUCCCCUUCCACCGAUUGAAGAUAAGGACCAGGUGAAGAAGGAUCCUCCACGAUUCCUGCUGUCUUCAUUGAAUCCACAGGAACGCAUUGACUACAGCCAUCUCAUAGAGGAGCUAGAUGGUGUUGUACUAGAGAAGCAGAGUUUUGACCCCAGCUGCACCCACGUGGUUGUGGGUUAUCCUCUGCGCAAUGAGAAGUAUCUGGCCGCAAUGGCAGCGGGCAAGUGGAUCCUUCACCGAUCAUACCUGGAGGCCUGCCGUGCAGAAGGACACUUCAUAAAGGAGGAGCAGUAUGAGUGGGGCAGCAGCUCUAUACUGGACGCUCUGCCGUCCAUCAACUCUCAGCAGAAGAGACUGGCACUGGCAGCCAUGCGAUGGAGGAAGACUCUACAUGGCGUCUCAAACAAGGAGGGAGCUUUUGGCGGCUGGACUGUAAUGUUGAAUAUUGACCAGGCCAGAGAAGCUGGAUUCAGACGCCUGCUGCAGUCUGGGGGAGCCAAGGUGUUACCAGAUGCUUCUCCCUCGCUCUUUCCAGAAACCACACACCUGUUUGUGGAUUUCAGUCGGUUAAAGCCGGGUGAUGUCAGAGUGGACAUCAGCGAGGCUGCAGCUCAGGGGGUCAAAUGCCUAAAACCAGAGUAUAUUGCUGAUUACCUCAUGCAGGAGCCAUCUCCUUCAAUGGAUGCUUACUAUCUUCCUGGUGCAGCUGCAGAUGAUCUAGAGAAGGUUCAAGAUACAUCUUCACGCAAACGGAAAGCAUCCGGCGAUAUGUCCACAUUGAAGAAGAGUCGUGUGAGAUGAAACCAUCCUAUUUCAUGCUCAAACGUAAUGUGUAUUUAAUAUGUAUUUAAUUCAUUUUAUUCAUAUUACAUUGUAAGAAUAAGAAUUUGCCAGUUGUGCCAAUAAAAAAAUUAAUUCAUAAUGUAAAAAUUUGAAGAAAAGGGUUGUUUUUUUGUUUUUAAGAUUUCACCAGAAAUCCAAUUUAAACAGAAUUUCGCUGCUUGCAUUUUUGUUUUAUGCUAGACAUCUCUGCACUCUGAUGUACUACCACUUUAUGCCCUGCAGAGGGAGCAAUCUUCACAAAAUUUGACUUAAUGAUCAUUUUAGCCAUACAACCUUUUGCCUAUUACAUAAAAUUUUUUACACACACUCAAAUGCAUGGGCUAGUACUAUAUAAAUAUAGUUAGAAAGUUGCCAAUUACCUGCCAGCCACAAAUAUAUAAGACAUUAUGCACAGGUGGACUGAUUGGACAGAUAGAAAAUUAAAAGGCUUUAUGUUCUUAAAUCACUAUAUGAUGUAUCAUAUAAUACUGUCUGUUGCGUGUAAUUCUGUUUUAAAGUGAUUUAUCACUCAUGUUCAGUGAAUCCCAUGAUUUUCUGAUCAAGUGUACCAUAAUACUCAAGAUGUUGCUUACAGUUCGUGUUUGACCCCUGGUGUAUUGCUUUCUUUCGAAAGACUUUGGGAAUCAUCUGUGUCCACAGCAACCGUUCUGUUACUAACGGCAACAAGUACAUUGUUUUUUUGUUUAA